AUGAAUCCUAAUUCGAAGUUGCUCCUGGAUGAGAUGCAUCGCCUCUUCAAGGAGCAGAAGACGCAGAUCGAUGAGCGGUUCGCCGAAUCGGAUCGCAAGCUGGACGAGCGCUUCACCGACAACAGCCGCAAGCUCGACAUCCACUUCACCGAGGUCGACGACAGCAUCACCAACCGCAUCGCCGAGUUCGACAACACCAUCACCAAACGCCUCGCCGACUCCGAUCUGAACUGGGAGCAGCGCAUCACCGACUCCGAGCUCCGCCAGUCUGCUCUCAUCACCGACGUCGGCAAGCGCCACGCGGAUGGGGUCAGCCUCAUCGGCAAGUCGGAUGGAGCGCUCGAAGCCUGGCGCCAGGAGUCGGAGGGCGCGGUCGAUGACGUCAAGCUCAAGGUCGACAAAUUGACCAAGUACUGGGAUCGAUCCUUCCUCGACCAAGCUGCGGCUUCGACGGGAGUGAUCUCCUCUGCACCACCUAUAUUGGAGCAGACCGCCGCGUGCUCACCUGCCAGCAAUACGGCUGCUCGGCCCAGCGGGCACCAUGUCUUCUCGACUACACGGGCGGAUGGCAUUGAGGAGACUUCUCCUCAAUCCCAUUCCCCGGCCAAUGGUAUGCAGCUUACUCCACAUGUUGGUACAUCUAUGUUGCAUGGAGUUGUUCCUAAAACCCACCACCAUACCAAUCACCACAAUGAUAAUGGUCGCCUGUCCACUUGCAGGCGGGCUCGUUCGCGGCUGGCCGCUAACCCGCCUCGCUUGCCGCAAAGUUUAUUAGCGGGCUUGUGGCUUGUCACAAAGCUACGGAUCUCGCGGACAAGUGUUUCGUGGACACAACAAACUUGUAUGCAAAACCCGCAAGACCCGCAAGACGGACAAGUGUUUCACGGACUCAACCUGAAGCUCAAGGAAGCACCUGUCCAUCUUGUUCACAGAGGAGAGAUGGCCGAUUCCAACAAGAGGAGUGAAUUCCACGCUCAUGAUCGUGGAGCAAGCUUCAAGUCGGCAAUGCGCACGGCUGUGCCUACAACACGGCCAUUGCCGAUUGCUGCCGCUGCUGGGGACAAGCUGUUGGCCAAGGCGACCGCUCCUGAUACUGAUGACAAGCUUUCCAAGCUGCGCUCCUACAGGCAAGCCAGGGAUCUCUGUGACGUCUGUGCAGAGAAAUGGUUUCGCGAUCACAAUUCGGCUUCUUUUCUGACUGCGUCAGUUGCUGAACAAUUACCCCAACUGCUUCGUACACCACUGACGGCAUCAGUAAAGGUCGCAAAUGGUCACUUGCUCCAGUGCACAGAAGCUAUACUUGGCUGCUGCUUUUCAUUGGGGGAUUACCAGUUUCAGCAUGACCUCCAUAUUCUGUCAUUGGAAUCAUAUGAUCUCAUAUUAGGCAUUGAUUCGUUGGAACUCUACAGUCCAAUGGAGGUACACUGGCAGGCCAAAUGGCUGUCUAUUCCUUACAAGGGUGACACGGUGGUACUCCAGGGGCUGACAUCCGUCUCUGAUACAGAGCUAGUGGUUCAACUUCUUGCAGUCGAAGCUCCAAACAGCAACCACGAUGCAGUUCAGUUGCCUGAUGAUAUUGCAGCCUUGUUGGCCGAAUUUCCUUCUGUUUUUCAACUUGUACUUGGUGCCGUCGAGCCGCCGCAGCUCGGCGAGGAAGGACCGGAAGUUGGCCACCAUGAGCUCCGUGGCGGCGCCGAUGACCCUGAUGCAGCUGCCGUUGAAGGUCCCGGCCUGCGGGAGGAGGGAGUCGUAGCAGUGGCGCGCGAUCACAUCACGCCGGGGCUGCAGCGACCUCGGAGGAAUUCGAGCGCGGCGGGGAAAGCCGGAGGGGAAUUAGUAGGUGCAGGACCUGCCGCCGCUGCCUGA